AUUGCCAAAUCGAUCUCAUUUUUUAAGUUUUAUUAAGAUUUAACGCAAUCAAUAGUUAUUCAUUUAUUAAAUUUGUUGUAAUAUUUUUUUACACUAUAUCUAUAAAUAAGCUCUAAAAUGAGUGCUGUCGAGUGGAUGGACAAGGCUUUGGAAAAAGCCCGGGAAUCCUUGAAAAAGGGCGAAGUUCCUGUUGGUUGUUUGUUCAUUUAUGAAGACGAAAUCAUCGCGACCGGUUACAAUACCGUGAACGAGACAAAAAAUGCCACUCGCCACGCCGAACUGAAUUGUAUUGACGAUGUGCUAGUCUAUUGUCGAAAAAAAAAUUAUGAUUAUAAGGAAGUCUUCAAAAAAAUUGACGUCGUUGUAACCGUCGAACCGUGCAUAAUGUGCGCUGCAGCCCUGCACCAGCUGCAAAUACGUAGUAUAACUUAUGGCUGUGCCAACGAUAGGUUUGGAGGUUGUAAAAGCGUUUUCGAGGUAUCACAAGUUUACGAUUCUCAUAAGAUUAAUGUAGUGGGUAGUGUAAAGGGCGAGGAAGCGAUGAAAUUACUCAAAGACUUUUAUAAGGGUACAAAUCCAAACGCUCCAGAAGCAAAAAAAGGGCGCAAGAAACAAGUGGACAAUAAAUGAGUCCUGAUUUGUUGAAAAAGCAUCGAAUUUAUUGUUGUAACCUUAAAGAUGUUACUGUUUUUGUUAUAUUGGGCCUAGUCGUUUAGAGACAAUAUUGUAUCUAUGUACAUUGUUGUAGAUUAUAAGAAAGAAAUUUUUAUAGGUCACGUUUAUUUUAAAGUCUACGAAUGAUUGAUAAUUAAGUUUGUCAAGUGUCAAGAUUUAGUUUUGUCAUUGUUAACAGUUGAAACUAAAUUUUGUACAAUAUGCUUUUUUGACAAAUUGAAACUCGAGUGUGGCACUGUAUAAAAACGGCCCAAAAAGUAUUUCUUCUCGGCACAUUGUUAUACUCAUCAAUACUUUGAUUACGUAAGAAUAAUUUACUCUCGGAACUUAACUCAUUUUUUUUUAUUUUUAGUUUUAUAAUUGAUAAA